UUUUUCCAUCUUCCCUUAUGCCUAGGACGCGUCUCCCUCCGAAGAUCCAUUAUGGUGAGCCUGGGAGAGCUGCAACAAAGAGAAAGACCACUGCACAUAAAAGGAAGAAUAAUGAUUCUGAAUUAGUUGCUCCUAAGAAAAUUAGGGUAGGAAAGAGUGGUGAAGUUCCUCAUGUUCCUGAAAACUGGGAAGAUGAAAUUAUUAGAGAAAGAGGAGAAGAUCGUUUUUGGGAAGAAGUUCGUGCUAGACAGGUUGACGAACAUCCCUCUGAGUCUGUUGGAUAUGAUUGGAAUCGUUUAUGCUUAGAAGCACCUCCUCAUAGAAGAAGUGGUAUUCCAGGACCAUCUAUUCUGAAAUUCAGGUUUGAACAUGGUGAGUUUCCCCUUUUUGCUACUAAGUUAGGGUCCAAUUCUCAAUUUGUUCAUGGUUGGGAUGAAUGGGUAACUAAGGUAUUGAAGAAUCCUUAUUAUGUUAAAUUUCUCUCUUCUGCUGGGAUACUUGAUGCUAUACGUAUCACUUCUAAGCUCAAUAUUCGUAGAGAAAAAAGGAUAGAUGUGUGACGUGCUAUUCUUGCGAGGUGGAGCACGUUUUCUCAUUCUAUGAUUACUGCAUGGGGGGAAUUUACCUUCACUCUAGAAGAUGUAUGUGUUCUCUUGGAACUUCCUUGUAUAGGAAAAGAUGAUUUUCACUCUAUUAAGCUUUCUGAAGAAGAGGUAUGUACUCGAGACUUUUUCUUUGAUCUACUUAAGAGUCUGAGUAAAACUUCGAAGGUUGCACCAUUUUCCAAUUGGAUAGGGGUUUUUUAUAAAAAGUUAAAUGCUAAAGGAAUUGAGAUUGAUUCUCCUGAGUACCCAGACCAUAAGUAUGAGCUAGUAGCUUUAAUAAUUUUUUGGUUGGCACGGCAUGUACUCCAAGGGUGUCCAGAUGAUGGUAUCUCCUCAGUAGUUGUUCCUUUAGCAAUAAAAAUUAUUAAGGGAAUACGCUUUCCUCUUGCUCCACUGUAUUUAGGAUCCCUAUAUAAGAGAUUAGACUUAUACCAACUCAAAAUUAUUGAGUCAGCUGGGCGUUACAAGGUUUUGACUUAUGUGGAUGUUUCCUUCAUUCAGAUGUGCUUGUGGGAAAGGUUUGGUACUUGCGCUCACAUGCCUAAUGCAUAUCCGUUUGCAUCUUUUUCUAUGAAUAACCUUUUAUCCAGAAACAACUAUAGAGCUUGGGCAUGGCAUGAUCGACUACAAAAGGGUAAUGUUAUUGAAAUGAUGGAUGUUACAAAAGAAUUCAAUCACAGACCUUAUGUGCAGCCUAUAAAUGGAUUUGGUGAUCCUGCAAUUUAUUAUGACCUUCAUCCUCUACAGUCCGGAAGAAUGAGCUCACGAGGUAUUAACUUUUGUAUAUGGGUUCAUAGUUCCCAUUUGCCUUCUAUGAUUGAGAGUUCUAAUUCUGGUGGAGAUAGAAACUUUCGUUCUGUUGAAGUGUAUUCUCCUUAUAGAGUGGCACGUCAAUUUGGAUUUGAUCAACCAGCUCCACCUGACUCUUCUUCGCCUAUCAGCUUUUCUUCUUGCGUUUCUUCAUUUCUCAUGACAGGACUUUCACUCCAUUUAGAUAAACUUAAGAGUUGUACUAUCCCAGCUUUUGAUAGAGUUGGUAUCCAUACUUCUGGAUGGUUUGCUUAUUGGGGAGAAUGUCUUGGAGAAUGGAGAUCUUUUACUGUGCCCUUAACUAAUCCCACAGCUCGUCUCUACACUCCUCAUGUAAGUAACAAUGAUGUAUCUUAGUGCUUGAUUCCUCUUAGAAAGAAGAAAUGCAUGACUGAAGAAGAAGAUACUGUAGUUCCUGCUCCUAUUCGUCAAACAAAAGAUAAGCAUGCCUAUCGAAAAGGAGAAUCAACUACAAGAGUAGAACUCAAUUCAGUUGAAGAGGAAGAAACUUCUGAAUUAGAGACUGAAGAAGAAUCAUGUGACUUUGAACAUAGUGAUGAAUCUGAUGA